ACGACGCACAGCGAAGGCCCACCAAUGAGCACCACCGCCAAACCCAACUUCUACGUUUGUACAUAGAAAAUUCGUAUCCUCUUUCACUGAGAUGAGAUCUGUCUUUCACUUCAGUCUCUGGCGAUAACAGUCUCAGAAGUAGUGGCAGUUUAGAGACCGAAGAAGCUGAAUCCUGAAUAAAACUCUUUCCAAUUUUUUGUAAUAAUGAGAAGGCAAGGGCAUCAUAGGCACCACGCGAAGCAAGGAGGGGUGAGGGGAAUGGUGGGGAGGUUAUCUAUCGCGGUGUUGGUGCUCCUGAUCUGCACAGUUUCGCUGAUGUUUUCUUCCUCCAGCAGUGGAACUAGUCGAUCCGGAAAUCGCUCGGAGAUCAAGGUAGAAGAACUUUGGAGAAGUGCUGAUGCUGGUGGCUGGAGGCCAUCCUCUGCUCCACGAUCUGACUGGCCCCCUCCUCCAGCUCGAAGUGAGAGUAAUGGCUUUCUGCGUGUUCGCUGUAAUGGUGGUCUGAACCAGCAACGUAGUGCGAUUUGUAAUGCAGUUCUUGCUGCACGAAUCAUGAAUGCUACACUAGUUCUACCUGAGUUGGAUGCAAACUCCUUUUGGCAUGAUGAGAGCGGUUUCUAUGGUAUCUAUGAUGUUGAACAUUUUAUCAAGACGUUGAGGUUUGACGUGCGGAUUGUUGAACACAUACCAGAAAUUCACAAAAAGGGAAGAAUUAAAAAGAUUAAAGCUUUUCAGUUACGUCCUCCUAGAGAUGCUCCUAUCAAUUGGUAUACUACAGUUGCUCUGGAGAAGAUGAAGGAACAUGGUGCUAUUUAUCUCACUCCCUUUUCGCACCGAUUGGCUGAAGAAAUUGACAAUUCUGAGUAUCAAAGAUUGAGGUGUAGAGUUAACUAUCAUGCUCUAAGAUUCAAGCCACAUAUUAUGAAGUUAAGUCAAUCGAUAGUUGAUAAGCUCCGCUCAGAAGGUCACUUCAUGUCCAUACAUCUUCGUUUUGAGAUGGAUAUGCUGGCAUUUGCUGGGUGCUUAGAUAUAUUUACGCCUCAAGAGCAAGCAAUUUUGAAGAAGUACCGAAAGGAAAAUUUUGCGCCAAAAGUACUCAAUUAUGACGAAAGGAGGGCCAUUGGAAAAUGCCCAUUAACUCCAGAAGAGGUUGGUCUGAUUCUACACGCAAUGGGGUUUGAUAAUUCUACCAGAAUAUACCUGGCUGCUGGUGAGCUUUUUGGUGGGAAUCGAUUCAUGGAACCAUUUCGGACACUUUUCCCUCGUCUUGAGAACCACAGUUCUGUGGAACAUACAGAUGAGCUAGUUGAGAACGCCAGGGGACUGGCAGGGUCGGCUGUUGAUUACAUGGUUUGUCUUUUGUCUGACAUUUUUAUGCCAACAUAUGAUGGCCCAAGCAACUUUGCAAACAAUCUCCUUGGACACCGCCUUUACUAUGGCUUCCGCACUACAAUCAGACCUGACAGGAAAGGUCUUGCCCCUAUCUUCAUUGAUCGGGAGAAUGGACGAAAGGCAGGUUUUGACGAAGCUGUUAGGCGAGUCAUGCUCAAAACAAACUUUGGUGGACCCCACAAGCGGGUGUCACCAGAGUCCUUCUAUACAAAUUCUUGGCCUGAAUGUUUCUGUCAAUCUUCACCACAGAAUCCUGCUGACAAAUGUCCACCUGAUGAUGUUGUGCAAGUUUUAAGCAGCCAUUUGGAGAGUGAAGAUACUGAUGACUUCAAGUCAUUGACAACCUCGUUAAAUUCGACAAUACCGGGGGCGGAAAGAUGAGAAAAUUUGACCCAAACUUCUAGCUGGUGGUUAGCCUAACUCGGUAAUGAACCCCCACAUGCAUCAAAUUGAAAAGCAAGAGAUUUUCUCAACCAUAUUACGCGGUAAUUUUAUACCUGUAAAAUGUCUUUUCUUAGCACCUGAGUGAUUCUGCCAACAUUCUUGAAUGCUAAACUUGCAGAUUUUCAAA